AGCACGUCCAGGGAGAAGGCAAGACACGAUGGUGGCUUGAGUUAGGGCCGCAGAACCACUGGGGCUUGCUGAUGGAUUGGACAUGAGUGAGCAGAGAAGCAAGAAAUCUGCAAUAGCUCCUGGGCUGUUGGCUUGAGCAACUAGGCAACUAGUGCUGCAAUUUCCAGAGAUGAGGGAAGUUGGAGACUAAUUUUAUUUUAUGCUUUUGGUUUUAUGUUUGAGCUGCCUUUAUGACAGUUAAAUGGAGAUAUCAGGUAGGCAGUGAGAGGCAACACCUGAGCUCAGGUAUCAGGCCUGGGUUUGAAUCCAGGCUCUCCCACUAACUGUAAGAUCUUGGGCAAGUUGCUAAGCUGCUUUGUCUCGCUUUUUGUCUCUAUCAAAUGGAGAUGAUAAAGUAAUGAGCGGCAGGUCCCGCUUUCUCCUUUCCUUCCCACCUCCAGUGUGGCUCCCCUGCAGGAAGCUCAGCAGCCCACUCUUGGCAGUGAGGUAAGAGCAGGAAGGAAUUAAAGGCGGUAAGAAUCAGAGAUGCCACCUGGGAGUUAUGGGAUUGCCAGGGCAUCUCCGGCAACCGGUUAGCCCAGGACUGCUUGAUAGGUAAGAAAAACAAACCUCUUUUUAUUGAAGCCACUAGAGUUUAUUGAUUUAUUAUUUGUAGUUGACAUAGUAAUCAAUGCCAGGAGUUUGAAGGAGACCCCCUUGGUCAUUGGCAUGCAGGCAGAGUAAAGUGUGGCCUGGAACCGCCAUCUGGGGUGCGUCGGUUUAGGGUUGAGGUAAGGAGGAGGAGACCCCAAGGAAAACGGAGGGGUUUCCAAGGGCGGUGGCAGAACCCCAGGGGCAGGUUGUGGAGGACGCCAGGAGGGGAGAGGGUCGCUCGGCUCCGCCCCCGCUGCUGUCCCGCCCAGCUCCGCCCGCUUUUAGAGCCACACACACACCGCCCUGUGCACCGCCUGCGGCCACGUCGUCCCGACCCCGCCAUGCCCGCCGACCUCAGUGGCACCUGGAACCUGCUCAGCAGCGACAACUUCGAGGGCUACAUGCUGGCCCUAGGUAUUGACUUUGCUACUCGUAAGAUAGCCAAGUUGCUGAAGCCACAGAAAGUGAUAGAACAAAAUGGGGAUUCUUUCACCAUCCACACAUACAGCAGCCUAAGGAACUACCUUGUUAAAUUUAAAGUUGGAGAAGAAUUUGAUGAAGAGAACAAAGGCCUGGAUAACAGAAAAUGCAAGAGCUUGGUCACCUGGGACAAUGACAGGCUCACCUGUGUCCAGAAAGGGGAAAAGAAGAACAGAGGUUGGACCCAUUGGAUUGAAGGAGAUGAACUCCACCUGGUAUUUGCCACAUUUUGUUCUUAUUUUUAAUGAGAGGAAAUGUUCUGUGAAGGCCAAGUGUGCAAACAGAUGUUCCAGAGAGCCUGACCUAUACCCAGCAACAGAGCCCACAUGUGGCUGCAGCUUAAUGCUGAAUUAUGAGCCAGAGCAAACAGGCGCUGAACUGUCCUGGUUUGGUGAUGGGGCCCCGUGGUCGGACAGAUGUCACACAGCCUGUCCCAGGAGCCAUGUAUUUGGAUUGUGGGAACACUGCUCAGCUUCAAUAAACCUGCCCAAUGAG